UCUCAUAAGAUAAACAAUACAAUCCGUUUGGGCAGCGCAAAAUUAAAAAUCCAUAGCGGUAGAGCGAUCGGUGUUCAUCUGUAAAUAAUGCCAGUGUUUCCAGGAACUACCCAUGGGGCUCUUGUUCUCCGUCUUGCCAGCAGGGGAACAAGAACGGACACUCUCCCAAAUUCCUGAAGGAAAAUCUGGAAACUGAGUCAGCGGUCUGUGAGAAAACCGUGUCGUCCACAUUAUUUCCCCCUACUUCCGCGGAUCGGGUUUCUUCUCCUGACUGAAUUAGAGUCAGAACUUACUUUACUUACUUUACUUCCUAAAUGAGACUGAAUCUGGCAUCUGUGGAACAAAGAGGCAUCUGCGGUGUGGAAAUAGGGGGCAGAGGAGAGGAGUUGAUUGGAAUCAAAUAUCCGUCCCGUCUCAAGUUUGCAGCCUCAUGUCGGUCCGUGUCUCAGGCAUGAGUGUCCUUCCUCCGGUUCGAAGAGACCGUAUCAUUGCACAGCUUCCUCAGUGUUUCAGCAAAGAGGCUGCUCUUCACGCCAAGGGUGACUUCAACAACAAAGUGAAGACCGCUUGUCAAGAGCAACGCACCGGUACAGUUGGCAGGUUUAAAAUCUCCAAGGUCAUUGUUGUUGGUGACCUGGCUGUGGGAAAAACCUGCCUGAUUAAUAGAUUUUGCAAAGAUGCUUUCGAUAAGAACUACAAGGCAACAAUUGGUGUGGACUUUGAGAUGGAGCGCUUUGAGGUGCUGGGAGUGCCUUUCAGCCUACAGCUGUGGGACACUGCAGGCCAAGAGAGGUUCAAGUGCAUUGCUUCAACAUACUACAGAGGAGCUCAGACUGUGAUUAUUGUGUUUGAUGUGAAUGAUGUGGCAUCUCUAGGCCAUGCAAGGCAGUGGCUGGAGGACGCCCUGAAUGAGAAUGACCCCACAAGCGUUCAGCUCUUUCUCGUUGGCACGAAAAAAGACCUCAGCUCUCCUGCACAGUAUUCUCAAAUUGAACAGGAAGCCAUCAAACUGGCACAGGAGAUCAGGGCAGAGUAUUGGGCUGUCUCAUCACUGACGGGGCAAAAUGUUAAGGAGUUUUUCUUCCGCGUUGCAUCAUUGGCAUUUGAAGCCAACGUUCUUGCUGAAUUGGAGAAAAGUGGAUCGAGACAAAUUGGAGACAUUGUCAGAAUUAGCAGCAAUUCAAAUAACCUGUAUGCUGCAUCAAAGAAGAAACAGCCAAAAUGUUGUCAGUAAUGAUGAAUGCACAAAUUUGAAGUAAAAGCUAUGGUACAAAAAGAGGAUUGUCUUUGUGGAGAAAGAUCCAUGGAUUCCUUCCUUGACAUGGGAUUUUGCAGUGAGUGCAAGUGGAAGUAAUGUGUAAGUCUGCCCCCGGAGACAUUUGAAUUCAGUUUUUCCUGGCGUGUAAAGACUUUUCCACAGUGGGAACUGAAUUCCUGUGGUGUUGCUUGGUUUAACUUGUCAUGACUUAUGACAAAAGCGUUACCCAAGUUUGCAUGACUCAAAAUCUUUCAAUAUGGGAUAUCAAAAUAAAAUAUCAAAAUCAAUACUUUCCAAUAUGGCUGCAGACAGUUGCAUGAGUUUAGAUUUUUAGCCUGACGUAUAUGUGGGUGUUUUCUAAGUCAGUUAUGUAUUUGCUUUUGUAGCUGUUACAUUUUUAUAACAAGUUAUUUCCUGCCAUGUUCAGUCAUCCUUUUCUUUGUCACAUUACUUUGGUAGUUUAUCACGCUAAGGAAUGUGGGUGUGUUGUUUGCACAGCAAAUGGUUCCUUUCGAUAUAUACAUAUCUGUUUCUAUUUCAACCACAGUCAGGUUUUAAUCCACCAUGUAUGACUCAUGAUUGUCUUUAUUUUAUUCAGUAUGAAAACAUAUAACUGACCUCAAAUCAUCAGUAGAGUUAUCAGUACAGAUGGGCAAUUCAAAGCCAAAUUGUAAAAUUGUAAGUAAUUCCAUUUUUUUUCCAAUAAAGACUCGCAAGUGUUUUC